AUGAGGAUCAUACAGGACUCCGAGGGUGAGGAUGACCUUGAGCUUGAAGCGGCUGAAGCCAUCAGACCAGAUGGAAACGCGACAUCAGAGCACAUUAGCAGUAGCACUUCUCCCAGACUAGGGGAGAAAGGAACUGGCUCUACCGAGUCUCUGAAGCGCGCCAUCGUCGCUGCACAUCGCGCACAGUUCCGGGAUGACUCGUCUGAUCGACCGGGCCAGGGCGACCAGUCUGGGGUACCUCCAGCUGCAGAUGCAUCUGCUUCAAGCAAAUCUCAAGACGCUCCGCAAUCCUCCAUUUCGUUGCCUGGACAUGCCAGUAAGCGGAGGAGGACGUCAUUGGAUGGUGCAGUUGCACUUGGUUCCGCACGUGACGUUCUGCCGGCGACCUUGGAUGAACGCCACAACGAACAACUUAAUACCAACAACCAUCUGGGAAUUGUACCGGAGAGACCUUGGGACUUUCAAGGAACUAUGCGGGAGGUCUGGGAGCACCACGAACCGAUGGGCUUAUUCGCGCAAACUGUGUCCAGUACUAUUCCCAACGCCACCGCCACUCAAGAGCAAUUGCUAGCAGAAGUCCUAGCACCAGGAUUCCUUGGUGUUGAACCGGAACCCGACCCUACUGCAGCCAGAUAUGAACCGGCCAAGUCGUCAGUACCAUGGUCGGAAUACCUGAAGUCGUCUUCAAGAGCUCCUGAAGGGCGGUCUCAAUCUGCCGUGCACUUAUCUUCAUUCUCACAGAACAACGCAUGUUCACCAGCAACGAAUUUGGUUGGAACUCCGAUCUAUAAUGAGCCAAGGGCAGAAUCCCCUGAUCCACUUCACCCUGGUCCCGUCGGUCAGGCGUUCAGCGUUGAAGUCACAUCCGGCGAAGCAGAGCUGCAAAGUACUGCACCCAACACGAUUACUUCCCCUGGCAACACCGAGCAAAAAUCUGCCUCUGUACCAAAUUCCGAGGACGACAUAGUUCCCAUAGGAGUCUCCUUGGAGCGGUACAGGCCUCGUCCAAGUCGGUCAAGAUCUCUGAAACUCAACUUGGAGGAAUCCAUCGACUAUUCUCAAAGGCCCGAGAGGUUCACCAAGAAGACGCGUCGAACACGGACGACCGGGGAAGUAGAUACCACAUCUUCUGCCACCACGCCAGAAAAGGUUCGACAGAUCUGCGACAUGGGGUUCACCCCGUUGACCACCAAGAAAGCCCUUCGACAGCACAAUGGUGAUGUCUCGCAUACCAUAGACUGGCUGAUCGCUAACGGUCUUUCAACUGAGGACAAUAUGGGUCCAGAAAAGCCUGAGAGAUCAAAGAACACAAGAGAGUCGAAACGAGUAGAAGACACACAUCAUGUUCCAACCGAUAUGCAUUACGGACAGAGCGCAGAGACGCGUGUGCAAAUUUCAAAUGCCGCAGUCGACCCGAGUACGAUUGCCAUCGAAGAGGAUGUCUCAGAAUCUGCAUGUAUAACUUCAGUCAGAGGAAGUGCUACGGCCGUAAGGGUAGUCAUUCCGAUGAAGCCCACUACGCUGUCCAAAGAUGUGGAACAUCAAUCAAUAGCGCCGAUUGAUUCUGAUCAUGUCUACGAUGAAGAGACUGCAAAGCACCAGAAUAUGUCUGAACCACCGGAGCUCCAGUCUGAGCAGCAGGGUAUUGUUGUGAAGGAGCCUCAAAAGAAAAAGAAACGUGGACGGCCUAGAAAGGAAGCAAAACCGAUAGAGUCUAUCACAGAGGAACCAGAGGCUAAGACCAGCAAGCCUGACACCGCAGUGAUCGCCCCGGAUGAGCAACUGGAAGACUACACACAAAAGCCGGACAAGCCGGAAAGUCCUGCUCCUACAGAGGCGGUACCAAACGAGCGUCAAUCCAGUGGUGCUAAUGCCAACAGAGAUACGAAGAUUGAUCAAGUCACCUUGGAACUACAACCACCACCAGAGAAAAAAGUCAAACAAACAAUCGAGUCGCCGUCAUCGAUCGGCAAAGGCAAAACGCCCUACAGAGUUGGUCUCAGCAAGCGUGCUCGUAUCGCUCCUCUUCUCCGCAUCGUAAAAAAAUGA